AUUCUAAUCGCGAGCCCUAACAGGAAAGAAGCCUCAGCUGACCGCAUACUUACAUUUCAGAUAGUUGACAGAUGUCAAAUAAGAGUAACAGCAGGUUUAUACUUUUACCAUGAUGAGACGUGUUUUACUCUUUGCGACACUUCAGACGCACGCACACUGAACAGUGAAACGGUGAUAUGUGGUAGCAGAGAACAGUAUGCCAUACGUGGACAGGCAGAACCGUGUGUGUGGCUUCCUGGACAUUGAGGAGAAGGAGGGCAGCAGUCGCUUCCAGAGGCGCUACUUCAUACUGGACACACAGCGCAACACAUUGCUGUGGUACAUGGACAACCCCCAGAACCUGCCUAGUGGAGCGUACGCAGUUGGGAGUCUGCAGCUGACAUACAUCUCCAAGGUGAGCGAGGCCACUGGGAAACAGAAGCCCAAGACGGAGUUCUGCUUUGUGAUCAAUGCAGUGUCUCGGCGUUAUUUCCUCCAUGCCAACGAUGCUGCUGACCUGAGAGACUGGGUCCUUUCUCUGAACAAAGCCACCAAGAUCACUGUCCCUAAAGCAGGGCCUCUCCAGCCCAGAUCAGAGGUUUCUACAGUAACCUGUGAGGCAGGGGGUAAGAGGUUGGCCUACAAGACUGAGAUCAUCGGGGGAGUGGUGGUGCAUACACCCAUCUACCAGAAUGAGGGGGAGGAGAUGGAGGUAGGGGACAGGAGGGUCUCCUCUGUAGGCAGUAGACCAGGUGUGCUGAGGUGUGGCUAUUGUGUCAAACAGGGUAACGUGAGGAAAAGCUGGAAGAGACGUUUCUUCACGCUGGACCACAACGCUGUCAGUUACUACAAGUGUGAGAUGGAUAAGGAGCCGCUGAGAGCUGUUCCUCUGAGAGACAUUCAGAAGGUCCAUGAGUGUCUGGUGAAAUCUGGGGACCUGCUGAUGAGAGAUAACCUGUUUGAGAUCAUCACCAGCUCCAGGGUCUUCUACAUCCAGACAGACACUCCAGAGGACAUGCAGGGCUGGAUCAGAGACAUUGAGAUGAAGAUACAGGACUUCAGAGGCCCUGCCAAGGGCUCUGCAUUUACAUUUGCCUCCUCUCUGUAUCACCAUGGUAACUCCUCCCACCCACCCUCUGUGUUCCGUGGUCGCCAGGGAAAUGACAGGAGACCCCCACUAGUGAAGUCAUGUUCCGUGGCCCCGGGGUGGCAGCCCUGGACCCCCGUACCCCAAAGAGAGGCUCCCGAUCUGGGCAUACUGGACAAGGACAGUCCAUUUAGCGCUCUGCCCACCAGCCUCUCCUCUCUCUCCACCUCUUCCUCCACCUCAUCAUCUUCAUCAUCCCCCUCCACUCCCACUCUCAUCCCACAGGGGGUCCCAGCUCCAGCCCUGGCCAGUGGUGUGGGGGUCCCAGCCUGCCCUGUCCCCAUAGCUCCAGGCCCCUCCAGCAGCCGGAGGAGAUACCGCUCUCAGCCUCAGCCACCCAAAGACUGCAGCUUCCCUUUCAGCCUGGACCAUGAUGGCAUCCGCACCACCGACAUCUAGAACCAACCACGUCUAGAAUCAACAAAACUCUGGAUCCAACAAAAUGUAGAACCACCAUCUAGAACCAAUGUGUAGAGAAACAAUUACGCUUGUUUGAGUGCUUUCUCCCUUUGAAAGACUGAACCUCCCUCCCCCACCCCCUUCUCCUCUGCUCUGCUCUGAGAGUUUAAUAGGCCUGCUGCGUCUGCUGGGGUUCUGUUUACUGAAUUAGCCCUGGUGGGGGAGGGUAGUGACGCAAACUGGGGUUCCUGGAUGCGUUGUCUCACUGAGGGGUGUGUUAGUAGUGGCUGUGGGCUUCUGGUAUAGAGGAUGACUCAGAGAGAGCAGUGUUGGGCAGACUGGGAGGGGUUAUCAGUGUUAGAGUGUCUAGUGGAAUGUGAAGGAUACGUUGUAUUUUAUUGUACGAUUUCCUCUUAAAACUUGAAUGUAGUCCACCCAGGUACUGAGAUGAAGGAAGGUGUGUGCUGUGGUGGAGCCUGGUCUGUCUACCAAACACCCUCCACUAGUAUAGGUCAGCUGGUCUUUUGCCUGUAUUAACCAAGGCUACGUCCCAAUUGCCACCCACUAAGGGCCCUGGUCAAAAGUAGUACACUAUAUAAUGAAUAUGGUACCACUGCCAAUUGGGACCGAACCCAAGAGUCCCAUUCAAUCAAUAACCUGGUCAUGGAACAUGUUAGUGUCUGUGGCUCUGCCUGUCGGUAGACAAUCCUGUUCCCUUGUUAGACUGCAUCCAAUUGUAUGAAAUCACUAUGUCAGCAGCACAUUUUGUAUAAAUGCUUUUAUCGUAUUGCUGCACACUCUUCCACAAGCCGAAUUCUCUUGCUCAAAUCCAGAUGAUCUACUAUGGUAUUGUGUCAUGUCACGUGUUGUGUUUUGCCUGCCUGCACCUUACCAACCCAGGUCCAGGUGUGCUUUUCUCUUUUAAACUAAACCUGUCAUGUUUCUGAUUCUAUACAUAGACUCCUGUUAUAAAUCACAAACAUCUAUAUCUGCUUAGCAUGAAGGGCUGUGUGUUUGUGCGCAUGUGUGUGUGUCAGACCUGGGUUCAAAUACUAUUUCAUGUAUUUCAAUUACUUUUCAAUAUAUUUCAAAACAAGUAUUCAGAUAACCUUUAUUUGAAAAAAAACAAGUAGUUGAAUAUUGAUGAUAUCUGUAUUUGGAAAUACACUUGGAAAGUAUUUGAAAAUAGUCAAAUACACUCCCAUGCAUUUAACCCAGGUAUUUGAAAAUAGUAUUUGAAAUAAUUAUUUGGAAUAUACUUUAAAAUACAAUUUGGUCAACUAUUUGGUUUUUACAAAUAACUCAAAGAAAAGUGCCUGUUUUGAGCUGUGUAUUUGAAAAUACUGAAAUACACAGAAAGAAAGUAUUUAAAUAACAAAUGCUCAAACACACAUGUAUUUGAACCCAGGGUGUGUGUCUGUAUCUGUGUGUUUGUGUUGUCGGGUUCAUCAUGGUUGACUGGCUGGUCAAACACUUAAGUUAAGGCAUCUUUGAUUUCUGGAUACGCUCUUUUAGCAUUUUGUAGUACUGUCAUUCUGGAACGAGAACGGUUAAAUGCUAAUGUCUGCUAUUUCUAAUGCAAUUUAAUGUAUUUUGCUCUUCUGGUUACUUUUCUCUGAUUUAAUUCCUGUGGUACAGUAUUUCAGAUGUAAUGGACUGCCUUCUACCUCGUACCUGGUGUCCACUCACCUGCCUGAUCAUAAUGGUGUUGUUGUUUUUUUUACUUGUAAGCAAGUGCAUUAAAUAAUAAGACAAAAGCUUUUUA